AUGAAGAAAUUAGUUUUGAUUCGUCAUGGAGAAAGCAUCUUAAAUAAGACUAACUCAUUUGGUGGAUGGUUGGAUGUAGAUUUAUCAACCAAGGGAGUUCAGGAGGCUUAACAUGCUGCCCUGUUAUUAUAAUAAAAUCAUCAUAACUUUGAUGUAGUCCACACAUCCAUUUUAAAGAGAUCCAUCAAAUCAGCAAAUGUCAUGUUGGAAACAAUGAAUUCUCUAUGGGUGACACAAUAAAGCAGUUGGAGAUUAAAUGAAAGACAUUAUGGAAUAUUGCAAGGCAUGAAUAAAAAAGAGGCUUCCAUUAAGUAUGGAGAAGAGCAAAUCAAACAGUGGAGAAGAUCAUUUUCCUAAAAGCCUCCGUAGUCUUUAGAUGGAAAUAGUGAAAGUCUUGAAGAUGUAACCAUAAGAGUCAGACCCUAUUGGGAGGAUAGCAUAGCGAAGGAUAUAAAUUAAAAUAAGUAGGUUCUUGUGGUUGGUCAUAGCAAUUCAUUACGAGCUUUAUUAUGCAUCAUAAAGAAGUUGUCUGAAUAAUAACUGCUUGAAUUGAAUAUUCCUACUGCGACUCCAUUGGUUAUAUAAUUCAAUGAUAGAUUGUAAUACCAGGAUGAGUUUUAUUUAGGGAAUCAAGAGUAAAUUAAAUAGAAAAUAAAAUAAGUGGCGAAUUAGGGUUCUCUCAAAUCGAAUAAAUGA